GUGAGCGGGGCGGGGGACGGACCGGCGGGGACCGGCGCCUGUUGCCCCGAGAGAGUUAACGGUGCGGGGAAAGUGGCCUCUCCUCCGCCCGGGCCGGGCGCCUGGCAACCGGGGCGCCGCGCAUGUAGGGCCGCCGGGGGCUGCCGCCGUCGCCGCGCCCCCCCCCCCUUCUCUCCCCUCCCCUCCCCCCCGCCCCGCCGCCGGGCCCCGCGUCCCCCUCCCUUCCCCGCCCCGGACAAGGCGUUUAACGUGCCCAGGCGUGAAGUAUGGCAUGCAAAGAUGGUUUCUGCCAAGGAGCCAGCCAUCGCCAUGUCCUCGGGUCUCUCCAUCGCCCUCCUGCACUGCCUGUGCCUGGCGACGUGUCUCACCGGGCCGCCAGGGCAGGGCAAAAAAGAGGAGAAAUUGUGGCCGGAGAAUUUCACCAGCAUCCUGAACAGCCUCCUGGAUGGCUAUGACAACCGGCUGCGACCGGGAUUCGGGGGUCCUGUUACUGAAGUCAAAACAGAUAUAUAUGUCACCAGUUUUGGACCUGUUUCUGAUGUAGAAAUGGAAUAUACAAUGGAUGUCUUCUUCCGUCAGACAUGGGUAGACAAAAGAUUAAAAUAUGAUGGCCCUAUUGAAAUUUUAAGACUUAACAACCUGAUGGUUUCGAAGGUGUGGACUCCUGACACUUUCUUCAGGAAUGGGAAAAAGUCUGUUGCACAUAAUAUGACAGCCCCAAAUAAGCUCUUCAGAAUAAUGAGAAAUGGCACCAUCCUGUACACAAUGAGGCUUACAAUAAGUGCAGAGUGUCCCAUGAGAUUAGUGGAUUUUCCCAUGGAUGGUCAUGCUUGUCCUCUCAAAUUUGGGAGUUAUGCUUAUCCAAAGAGUGAAAUGAUUUAUACCUGGACAAAAGGACCCGAGAAGUCAGUGGAAGUUCCUGAGGAGUCUUCCAGUUUAGUUCAGUAUGACCUGCUUGGGCAUACGGUAUCCACUGAAACCAUUAAAUCUAUUACAGGCGAAUAUAUUGUUAUGACAGUUUACUUCCACCUCAGACGGAAAAUGGGUUAUUUUAUGAUUCAGACCUAUAUCCCCUGCAUUAUGACUGUGAUCCUUUCUCAAGUUUCAUUUUGGAUAAAUAAGGAAUCUGUUCCAGCUAGAACUGUAUUUGGAAUAACAACAGUGUUGACAAUGACGACACUGAGCAUCAGUGCAAGACAUUCACUGCCAAAAGUAUCCUAUGCUACUGCCAUGGACUGGUUCAUAGCGGUCUGUUUUGCCUUUGUGUUCUCUGCUCUUAUUGAGUUUGCUGCUGUCAACUAUUUUACUAAUAUUCAAAUGGAAAAAGCCAAAAGGAAGACAGUAAAAUCACUUCUUGAAUUUCCGGUUGCUCCAGUACAAAGAGAAAGAAGUACAGAAGAGACAGUCAUGAGUACAGAUGCCAAUUCAAAUGUGAGGAAAAGAACGAAUGCCACAGUACAGUCUGAAGCUGAUGGUGGGAGCCGAAUUGACACAAGGCACAGCUCCAUCCAGCCUCCCUCUGUAGCUCAGGGGUCUUCUGACAUUACACCCCACUCCCUUUCUGCAUCAAGUCCCAACCCUUUCACACGCAUCAAUGCAUCAGAGACAUUAUCUUCUGCAAGAGCUACCCCUCCAGCUCCUCCUUCUACCCCAAUUUUAACUGGAUUUGUAUCCCAGCAUGCCACAGCUGGAUCCCCUUCCAUUCAGCACUUGCUUGGAUCUAGACUGGAGCAGAUUCAGACCACCACACCCAAUGCAUUAGGAGCAUCUGCAAAGCCAUCUGCUGUCACACCACCUGCUCCCCCCGCCGCCCAUUCUGGCACGAGUAAGAUAGACAAAUAUGCACGCAUUUUAUUUCCUGUUACCUUCGGAGCAUUUAACAUGGUCUACUGGGUGGUGUAUCUAUCCAAGGAUACCAUGGAAAAAUCGGAAAGUCUAAUGUAGUUUUGCUGCUAUGUAGUAGUUCCUAAAUUAUACUUACAUUUGAUGCAGAGUUUCUUCUUUUGAAACUAUUUAAAAAGGUCAAUAAUUCUUAUUUAUAAAAGCUGUGUGCUACUUUCCCAUUGUAAAGGCUGGAGUUAUUGGGGAUAAUUAGUUAACUCCUACCAGAGUAAUGGGUAACAGAUUUGUCUUCCUCCCUUCAGCUAGCAGUGAACCAUCACUCUCUUCAGACAGACUUCUCUGGCUACACAGAACUUGCCUUUGGGAGGAAUAUGCACCUGAAACAAAUCAAAGGCAGAGGUGCACAGCUGUGCAGUGGAACACACCUUGACUGCUAGGAAUAUGCAUGUUGAUUACUACAAAUCCCUGAGGCACCCAGCACUGCUGUCUGGACACAGCAUUGCAUUCUUGGAGUGCAAGGUCCAUGUCCUGAAUAUUUUGACAGUGCUUGCUAGACAAGGACUUUCCCUGCUAGAUUAAAAUUGGCAAAAUGAGGGGGAAGAAAAUGAACAGUGGGAAAAGAAAAGAGAGUCCAGCCUGGGAGAGUGCAACUCCAGAAAAGUUAUGCAAAGGAGUUGUAGAGCUCCAUAUAUUUUUACUAAGCAUUAUUUUGCGUUGCAACCUGGGAAAUUCUCACUCCAAAAUAAGAAUGAGUGAACAUUGUAAAAUCUGAAAUCCGAUGUAAUUCUCAAAAUUGGAGUUUUUUGUUUGGUAAGGUGA